CUCCCCUCCCUCUGCCCCCUUUCCCCCCUCUCUUCUCUGCUCGGUGGGGAAGCCGGAGCUGCAUGUAGCUGAUGAGAUCCCGGCCAUGGCGGGCCCCACCUCGCGGCUCCUCCUCCUCGCCCGCGGCGCCGACCUCGGCCGCCGCCACCGUCACCUCCACGGCCCCCUCCCCCUCCGCCCCCUCCAGUCCGCCGCCGCCGCCGACCUCGCCCUGCGGCCCCUCUCCGCCGCGCCAUCUGUCAGGAGCUACUCAAGUGCAUUCACAAGCGUGCACGGUGGGAGGCCGUCAUCGGAGUACGCAAAGAUCAGAAAGGAGUCGCUGGAAUCACAGUUUAGAAGAAUCUUGGGAUCAAGUUCACACACGCUCUUUGCUGACCGUGGCUUCGGUCCGUUCCUUGCAGUGUACAGGGCAGCAACUAUCUCUUAUCAUGUUGUGAAGCUUACUGUUUGGCAUUUACUGCUCAGCGACGUGCAUAAACGAGCCGAGAAGUUCCGGGAGACCUUGAUACGCUUGGGGCCUUUUUACAUCAAGCUUGGACAGGCAUUGAGCACGCGCCCUGAUAUAUUACCCAGCGCAUAUUGUCAAGAGCUCUCGAAGCUGCAGGAUCAAAUACCACCAUUUCCUACUCGUAAAGCAAUCAGGACCAUCGAGUCUGAACUGGGCUCUCGAAUGUCUGAUCUAUUUGCUGAUAUCAGCCCAGAGCCAAUUGCAGCAGCAUCACUGGGGCAAGUAUACAAAGCUCAUCUACACUCUGGAGAGCUUGUUGCAAUCAAAGUUCAGAGGCCUGGAAUGGCACCCUUGCUGACCCUAGAUGCACUUCUAUUCAAUAUGAUUGGAGGACAGCUAAAACGAUUUGCUAAGGCCCGCAAAGAUUUAUUGGUAGCGGUUAAUGAAAUUGUUAGACACAUGUUUGAUGAGAUUGAUUAUGUUUUAGAAGGGAAGAAUGCUGAAAGAUUUGCAAUCCUAUAUUCUCAUGGUUCAGGUGGUGAAGGCAGGACCAGUAUCAAGGUCCCAAAGGUCUACUGGACUUAUACACGUAAAUCUAUACUAGCACUGGAAUGGAUUGAUGGGAUCAAGCUGACCGAUGCUGAGCGCAUCAGCAAAGCCAAUCUGAACAGGAAAAAGAUGAUUGAUGAGGGUCUCUAUUGCUCGUUGAGACAACUUCUCGAAGAUGGGUUUUUCCAUGCAGAUCCCCAUCCAGGUAAUCUGGUGGCAACUGAAGACGGGUCUCUUGCAUAUUUUGACUUUGGUAUGAUGGGUGAUAUUCCAAGACACUAUCGAGUGGGACUCAUACAGAUGCUUGUGCACUAUGUUAAUCGUGACCCAUUGGGCUUGGCGAAUGACUUCCAUUCACUCGGAUUUGUCCCUGAGGGAACAGACCUACACGCAGUUGCAACUGCAUUGAGUGUUGCCUUUGGUGAUGGAAGGAGGCAAUCAAAUGAUUUUCAGGGGGUAAUGAACCAUCUGUAUGACGUCAUGUAUGAUUUUAAUUUCUCUCUUCCUCCUGAUUAUGCACUGGUGAUAAGAGCACUUGGUUCUUUAGAAGGGACUGCAAAAGCACUGGAUCCUGAUUUCAAAGUUAUUGAGAGCGCUUACCCAUUUGUCAUUGGGAGGCUCCUUGCAGACCCCAGCCCUGAUAUGAGGAAAAUAUUGAGGGAGCUUCUGAUACGUGAUGAUGGAUCCAUCAGAUGGAAUCGACUGGAGCGGCUGAUUGCAGCUAUAUCUCAACAGUCGUCAGAAGAAUCUUCAAAGAAACCUGGAGACGAGAAUACUGCCAGCAGUUCUGACUGGAGAUCAUUCGAUAUGCAUUCGGUUGUUUCAGCUACAGAAGACCUUUUUCAUUUCAUUUUAUCGAGGAAAGGCUGGAGGGUUCGUGUUUUCCUUAUCCAGGACAUUGUGAAGGCUUCUGAUGCAUUCUUACAAGAAACAACAUUUCCAGGUAUAUUUGAGGAAGAGGGAAAUACAGGCGAGCUAAAUCCAGAGAGAAGUAGAAUGAUCAGAAGGUUGAUUAAUGGUGUUCAAUCAUUCCGUCAAGCAAUCAGCUUGGCCCCAAAUGCCUGGACCGCAAUGCUAAUCCGUGUCGCCCUGAAACCUGAAUCUCAAAGAUUCAUUCUUGAUGUAUUCCUAGCCUUGGGGAACUAUUCCCAUGACAAGGUUCCAGAAACAUGCUGGAUUUGUAUGUCGAAAUAUCUCAACUACUUGGACAAGCAGUGGAGGUAGGUAAAAUGAAGAACGAAAAUGCUCAGUCUGCUAGCUGUGUUCGGAAUUUUGCGUUCAGUGCUAAUAUCUCUCAUGCUCCAAAAGCUCUGCCAAUAUUAAUCUCAUGCUCCAAAAGCUGCAAUGAGCGUUUGUUAUCCUAUUUACUACACCCUCUGUUUCUAAAUAUAAGACGUCCCGUUGGUUCA